UCUAAGAGCGUCCGAUGUGAAGAAGAGACGCAGGAAAUAUGAGCUGGUGUUAAAGGUGAAAGGUCAUCCCCUGCUUUUGUCUCUUCUCUUCCAGGCGCUCCAGAAGUUGGCCAAUCAGUAUCUAAAGAGGGAAUGGCCGGACAGUCUGACAGAAGAACAAGCAGAACACGGGAGCAUGUAUUGGGUGUGGAGGGCCUAUUUGGAGGGCACGGUUCAGGUCACCCAGUCCAGAAUCAGCGCCUGUGACAACUACAAAGUCCAGGUGGCCGAUCCGGCCAAGACAGGCCGGCUGCAGAAGGAGCAGCAGCUGAGGAAGUGUAUCGAACAGCUGACGGUGGUUCAGGCGGAGCUGCAGGAGUCGGUGAAGGAGCUGACGAAGAGCAGGAAGAAGUACCAGGAGGCCGAGACGAUGGCUCAGGCCGUCAGAGAGAAGGCCGAGCUGGACGCCAAGUCCAAGCUAAGUCUCUUCCAGUCCAGAUCCAGUCUCCAGAGGGCGAGUGUAAAGCUGAAGGCCAAGAGGAGCGAGUGUAACUCCAAAGCCACGCACGCCAGAAACGACUACCUUCUGAUGCUAGCAGCCGCUAACGCCCACCAGCAGCGCUACUACGACACGGACCUCAUGGACUGCAUCAAGGUCUUAGAUGGAAGAAUCUAUGAGCAGGUGAAAGAUUACCUGGCGUCACUGUGUCAGACUGAGCUGGAGAGUUACCAGGCCGUCCACGACACCUUCAACCAGCUCUUAAACAGCUCCAAUGGGGUUCUGCAGGAGUUUCACCAGCAGCUGUUUGUACAGAAGAACCUCAUGUUUCAGCAAGCCUCGGACUUCUCCUUCCAGCCCGUCGACUCCGAUACGGUGAUGCAGCUGCAGAAGGAGAGCGGGACGUCGGAGGAGCACAGUCUGGAUAAAGAGGCCAGGAAGUGGGCGAGUCGCGUGGCCCGAGAGUACAAGAGCGUCAUCCACACUCAGCGGGCUCUGGAGGGAUACGGGACGCAGGAAUCAUCGGAGCAGAACAACUGCGAGCUGGAGACCAAGAUGGAGGUGGCCAGGCAGAGUCUACGGAGGGCAGAGACGGUGAAAGUGAAAGCAGAGGCCCGUCUGGACUUGCUGAGGCAGGCGGGCGUCGCGGUGGAAACGUGGCUGAAGAGCGCGAUGAACCAGGUGAUGGAGGAGCUGGAGAACGAACGCUGGAACAACCUCAGUACCCACGAUCCCUCGCUCUCUGGGACGGCAGAUUUGGAGCGAGAGGACGAGGAGGAGAUGGAGGACAGCGGGGAGGUGUUGGACGACAGCAGCUCCAGCCCCUCCAGUACUUUGAAGAACUAUCCCCUCACCUGCAAAGUGCUCUACUCCUACAAGGCGUCUCAGCCGGACGAACUGACCAUCGAGGAGCAGGAGAUCUUGGAGGUCAUAGAUGAUGGAGACAUGGAGGACUGGGUCAAGGCCAGAAACCGCGGCGGGCAGGUGGGCUACGUCCCUGAGAAAUACCUGCAGCUUCCUUCCUCCAACAGCCUGCUCAGCAUGCUGCAGGCUUUAGCCGCCCUUGACGCCCGAUCUCACUCCUCCAGCAACUCCACCGAACCGGAAACCGAACUAGCAACCGGCUCCGUCAACGGAGACUCCAGCGUGUCAUUUGCGAAGGCCCUGUACGACUACGCGGGACAGACGGAGGACGAGCUGUCAUUCCCCGAAGGCGCCAUCAUCCGCAUCCUGAGCAGAGAGACGCACGAGGACGACGGCUUCUGGGAGGGAGAGUUCAACGGCGUCGUCGGAGUUUUCCCCGCGGUUCUGGUGGAGGAUCUCAACGGCGGCAGCGAGAACGGAGACGGACAACGAGAUGGAAGUUCACAGGCGUCCCCGUCUCCUCUGGCUCUGAGCGACCGAUCCCCUCUCAGUCCCUUCCAGCCGGGUCCUCUCCACAGCAGCCCUCUUCAGACGCCCACCGUGUCCUCCCCUCUGUCCAGUCCCUGCAGCGCCACGGCGUCUCCCAUUGGCCGACCGCCCUCCUAUCACAACGGACAUCACAGGCCGCCGCCGGCGCCGCACAAAAGCCCCUUUCAGAGUCCGGUCCAAGGCUCCGCUCAACCUCCCAAAUACCCAGAGAGCAGCUCCGGCACCAUCCGACCGGUCCGUGCUGCUCCUCCUCCUCCUAAGCAGCAUCCUCGAGGGCAGGUGAAGAGGAGGGAGGAGGUGGAGAUCACGCUGGUGUGACGUCGGUCGGUCAGUCGGUCGGCACCCUGGCGGCGACGACGACAACAUCGACGACUCAUUUCAAACCAGCCGGGUCUUCCCAGCUCUGUUGCCUCUAAACAAACUCCCAAAGGAAACCCGAGGAAACAUCGGCCCCCUGAAGACGCCCGGAGGCCUCACGAGGGUCAGUGUGCUGUGGAGGAAUAUUGUGCCUUUUCUCUUAACCGUUCUCCAUGUCGUCCGCCUCUUCUACCUGGACGUGAAUCAUCUUACACACCCGACAACAAGAUACAGUAUCUGCUGUUAACAUCUUCAGAUCUCAGUCCUGGUGUUCACAUCCUGUUUCUUUGCUCACAGUAACUGAUUUAGUGAUAACUAGCAGAUAAUACGAGGAUUCUACAAUACAGUGAAGAGAUAACGUGUUGAUAAAGAUAAUAGUAAAAUACAAAAGCUUCACGUUUUAGCGUGAUUGCGUUUGAACCCUCAAAGACGUGAUGAAAUAAUAUUGUCUGCAACUUGUUUUUCUUGCAGAUACUUAUACCUUUUGAAAAGAGCCAGGCUAGCUUUUUCCCCCUGUCUCCAGUCUUUGUGCUAAGCUAAGCUAACGGGUUGUAGCUUCAUAUUAACCGUACACUCAUGAGAGUGAUAUCAAUCUUCUCAUCGAUAUUAAGAGUACUUAUCAACCGCUAUAGUUCCAUCGAUCGGACGCAGCGAUCAAAACCUCGAAGUCGUGAGAUACAAAGUCGGAAUUAUAAGAAAACGUAUUUUAUAUUUCUCCUGUGAAUGCAUCGCUCUACGAGUAUCAUUAUUGAUGGAUUAAUAAUAAGGAUUUAAACAUAUCGCCCAGUUAUUCCUCACUAUAUCACUUACUGUGUUGCUCCUCAGAGUUUUCACGAUUGGAUUUCUUCUAUGCAACAGCUCACAACUUCGUCAUCGACGUCGCAGCAUGUUGAGAACACGAAGCGUCGACACGAAACCAAAAGUCUGGUUGUCUCCACACGCUCGAUCAAAAAUAUAAAAUAAUACUCCAGCUGGGCCGAGGCUGGUCCUCUCCUCCAGCACACGUAACUGUACUCGGUUACACAAACAAGGGAAAAGUGGCAAUUUUAUCUGAGUGAUUGUUGUGUCAGUAGGGAGAAUCUCCUAGAAAAGUAUUCUGAUCAAAAUAAUGGAUCCUUUUAUCUUUUUAUUGAUUCAUUAUAAAAACUGCUUCUUGUGUUUCCUUUGCACCGAAUGCUCAGAAAACCCUAAAGGGAGAAACGUAGUGCGUACCUACGUAGUCUAACUGUUCUUUUCUCUCUCGUGUUGUAAAAUAACGAUCUAGAAAUGUUGUUAUGACACUAAUGUUAUACGAUGGAAGACCAUUUCUGACAAAAUAAAAGAAUCCUGUAAGUCAUUGUAAUGAGAAAAUCUCUCAGAAUAAUGAGUUAGUUUCUCAACAAUAUUACUCAAAAUGUCAAAGAAAAUUGAAACUUUCUCAAAAUAUUGCGAAUUUUCUCAAAACAAUGAGAUACUUUCUCAAAAUAAAGACUUGGUGUCACGAAAUACGUUUGUAUUUAAAAAUAAGUUUCUAAUAACAAAUCAUUAUUUCGAGAGUUUGUCAUUAUUUUGAGAUGCAAAGUUGUGAUAAUAGAAUCACAGGAUCUUUUUUAAUUGUUCCGUUUACCGACGGUAAUGAGCUUCCAUACAAGCCAGUGACGGUUGCUGGUGGUUUGUGGAGAAGGUUGCAGUUGGUGACAGUUUAAACUGAUGUAUGUGCAGUUUAAACUGAUGUAUGUGCAGUUUAGUUUAACCUGAUGUAUGUGCAGUUUAAACUGAGGUAUGUGCAGUUUAAACUGAUG